GACUUCGGGACCGGACCGGAGCAGGCAUCUCUGCUCGGUACAACAACACCGAGUGCGCAUCAGCCGUCGGGAAGGCACAUUUGCGCGGCGGGGGCAAUCCAUUUGUCCAAUGACUAAUGGCCUCAUCUGGAAGGACGUUCCGUACGACUGCAUUGGCGACAUGACGGCGUUUUCCCUCUCUUCUCACCCCCUCUCAAUCCUUCCUCGGCGACCCAAUCUUACACAACUACCCAAUUUUCGCGACACAUAGCAUUUGUACCAUGGCGACCUCACUUACCCUCCAGUCCAAGAAGAAGCUCAACAGCGGCUAUGACAUUCCAGUCCUGGGAUACGGCCUUUGGAAGACCCCCCCCGAACAGGCCGAGGAGGUCACCACCGAGGCCAUCAAAGUCGGCUACCGUCAUAUCGACUCAGCAGCCUCGUACAAGAAUGAGGCCGGUGCCGGUGGCGCCAUCCGCAAGGCCAAGGAUGUCUCCCGCUCCGAUAUCUUCUUCACCUCCAAGGUCCGCCAUAUCCACUACGACGGCGCCAAGGACCAGGUCGAGACGACUCUCAAGGAGACGGGCCUCGAUUACAUCGAUCUAAUGCUCCUGCACUGCCCGUAUGGUGGAUCUGAGGGCCGGAAGGGCGCCUGGAAGGCCCUCGUCGAGGCGCAGGAGGCCGGCAAGGUCCGCUCCAUCGGCGUUAGCAACUAUGGAGUGCACCAUCUCGACGAGCUCGAGACGCACAUCAAAGAGCUCGAAGACGAGCGUGGCGGGCCGGGCAAGGGUGGCGCCAUCAAUGUCGCGCAGUACGAGAUUCACCCCUGGUGCGCGAGGAACGACAUCGUUCAGUGGCUGCAGAAGCGCAACGUCGCCAUCGAGGCAUACAGCCCGCUGGUCAGGGGCGAGAGGUGGGGUGAGAAGAGCCUCAAGACGCUGGCCGAGAAGCACUCAAAGUCCGAGGCCCAAAUCCUAUUGCGAUGGAGCUUGCAGAAGGGCUACAUCCCUCUGCCCAAGAGUGUCACCCCCGCUCGUAUCCUUGAUAACACAAAGAUCUACGACUUCCAGCUGUCUGAUGAGGACUUGAAGUCUCUGGAGACCGAUGAGUAUGCUCCAGUCUGCUGGGAUCCGACUGUCAGUCCCUUGGACGGACCCCGGAGCGGCUGAUGCCUGGUGUUGUAAAACUAUCUAAUUAAACAAUAUUCCGUU